AUGGCGGUGCUUGGAGUAUGGACAAAGCUUAUUUCCGACACAUCUAUCCGGAGAUCAUCACAGACCCUCGCGGUCCUUGCAGGCAAUGCAUACAUUUACGGCGGAGAACUCCGGCCUCGCGAGCCAGUGGACUCGAUGGUGUAUCGUGUAGCUCUUGAUCGUGAUAUCAACACCACCAAAGAAUCCACCAGACUCUCCACGAUAUCAACCACAACCAACAACAACAUCCCCUCACCUCGGGUGGGAUCCGCAUCAACCGCCUUGAACGGCAAGGUGUAUAUCUUCUCAGGCCGUGGCGGAACCGCCAUGGCGCCGAUAGAAGAAAAAGGCUCAUUCUGGGUGUUCAACCCUGAAAACAGCACCUGGGCUCAAGUCGCACCUAGUAGUGAUCAACUCCCCUAUCCCGUCGGACGGAGCUACCACGCUCUCGCGAGUGAUGGGAAAGAGACGAUUUUCCUCCAUGCCGGAUGUCCCGAGAAGGGGAGACUGAGUGAUUUCUGGGCGUUUAAUAUCUUCACGAGGCAGUGGAGAGAGUUGGCUCCGGCGCCGAAGCCGGAGAGGGGUGGGACGUCGAUUACGUAUGCGGACGGGAAGGUGUUUCGUAUGAAUGGAUUCGAUGGAAAUACGGAGCAAGGAGGCGCGGUGGAUGUGUUGGAUCUGGAGAAGAAUGUCUGGGAGACAAUUACUUAUCAGCCGGAUGGGGUGGAGGGGCCAGGACCGCGGAGUGUGAGUUGUUUGUUGGCGGUUAAGGUUGAUGGGAAGUCGAAGCUGGUUACUCUGUUUGGGGAGAGGGAUCCGAGUAGUUUGGGUCAUCAGGGGGCGGGGAAAAUGCUGGCGGAUGCGUGGAUGUUUGAUAUUGAGUCGAGGACGUGGAUGGAAAUCAAGAGUAAGGGCAGCGAUGCGCCUGAGGCGCGCGGCUGGUUUGAUGCGGAUGUGGUUAUUGAAGACCCGGCACGGCCCAGUAUCGUUGUCCAUGGGGGUCUUGCAGAGUCGAAUGAACGUCUAGGCGAUGUCUGGCGGCUGGAUCUGUGA